AUGUGUAUUCGUAAAUCAACCACCUUCGAUACUUUAGUUUAGGCAAUCUGUGAGUUCUGUGUAAGAAUAUGAUCAAAGAAUUAAGGCGAAAACUAAAGUAGUAAAGACUUAUGUCAGUUCGAAGUGUUCAGUGAAAAAUUGUGAAGAAAAUGGCGUGCAAAAGUAUAAUCUUGUUGUUUUUAAUAUUCUCAAAAAGCCUCUGUGAUGACUGCUUUCGUUACGACUUCGAAGACAACUUCGAAAAGAAAUUCAGUCCGAAUACUGGAAUUUGUUUCGGGAUGAGUCCUUGGGCCUUAAAUAAUUACACCUCUUUGGGAAUCGACAGUCCACACCCAUCGAGCUCAUCAUUUAUAUCUCCAACCAAUUCCUUAAGCUGCGUUUCGUCUGUCAGUUUUUCCAUGGGAUUUGGAGUGUUAGAACUAAACGUUUAUGUGGUGGAAGUCUUGCCAUCCAACAGCAUGCAAAUUUAUGUCAUGGCAGAACCUUCACAUUUGGUCGCCUUUUUGGGAUAUGAGUCACAUCAUUACAAACCAGGUUGGAAUACGUUGAAAAUACGCAUACAGCGCUGGGCAUUUCAAGGUUAUGUCGUGUUUAUGGGUGAAGCUGCUAGCCCACAGUCAGUGGUACUAAUUGAUUCAUUCCGAUACAUUCCAUCGACGAUUGCUGAUGAAAACUGCAUGAUAUACCCAGAAAACAAUCCGACUUCUGCGUCUACUAAUGAUGUAGACAUUACGACAACUUCAACGGAAUCAGAUCUAUGGACAACACCUAAAGAUCUCACUUCGACUAUAACUAAUCAAUGGACAACUGAAUAUCCAGCGACUGUUGAUAAUGAACUUAUUCAUACAACUGAUAAUUUUACACCAGGUUUAACCGAUUCUGACGAUAAUCAAAUAACUGUAUCAACUUUAGAUGACGAAUGGAUACAUACAUCAACUAUAAAUGAAGAGGAGAUCAUUUCCACGACUAAUAAUGAUAAUAACACACCAACACCUACAACGGGGUCAGAUCUUUGGACAACUAAAUAUCCAGCCACUGUUGAUAAUGAACAGUUUGUUUCUACAACCACAGAGCAUUUUACAGGAAGCGUAACCGAUUCAACUGUAGAUGAGGAAUGGAUACACGCAACGACUAAAAAUGAAGAAGAAAUCAUUUCUACAACUAGUAAUAGUAAUGACACACCAAUUACUUCAACGGGGUCAGAUGUAUGGACAACUAAAUAUCCAGCUACUAUUGAUAAUGAACAGUUUAUUUCUACAACCACAGAUCAUUUUACAGGAGGCGUAACCGAUUCUACUGUAGAUGAGGAAUGGAUACACGCAACGACAAAAAAUGAAGAAGAAAUCAUUUCUACAACUAGUAACAGUAAUGACACACCAAUACCUUCAACUGGGUCAGAUCUAUGGGUUACAGAUCCAACUGACGUUAUUGUAACAGACAUGCCGACAACUAAUAUUAGUUUUAGUACUGACGAUGAUUCAAAUGAAGAAGAAUAUACUUCUACUACAGAUAAAACAACAGGACCAAUUAAUGAUAUCACAACUGAGUCGGAGCAAUGGGUAACCAAGACAACUGUUGUUGAUAAUGGAAUAGAAGAAGAAACUGUCACUGAAAUGACAUCUGUCACAGAAUCGUCAACGUUAAUUUAUGAUGACGGAUGCAUUACAUACAAUUUCGAGGCAGGAUUUGACUCAAUAUUCUCUUCAGGAUCUGGCCUAUGUUAUGGAGCGAAUCCUUGGAUAUUGUAUAAUUACACAUCGUCAGAAAUACAAAGUUGGCACCCGGAUAGCACUAAGUUUAUAUCACCUUACUUUUUGAGUUGCAUAACAUCUACUGAUUUACGAUUGGGAAGCGGGGUUGUUGAAAUUAAUGUUUACAUGGCAGAUCAUCAGUAUUCAAAUUUUACCGCUUUUUGGAUGAUUCACAUUAUAGUUCAGAUGAAAUCUGACGAUGGAUUUGGUAGAACUGUUGCAGUUCUAUCCUACAACUCACAUACCAAUAAUUUUUUACCAGGUUGGAAUAGUAUAAGAAUAAACAUAAGAAACCAACAAGAAUUCGACGGGCAUAUUAUUCUCAUAGGCAUGGCAGAAAAUCACGAAGCUCUAUUAGUGGACUCGUUUCUGUUUAUCCCAGCUACUAUGAGUGAAGAUUUGUGCUUUGUAUACAGCACAACGGCUAUACCGCCUUCUAUAACAACAAUAAAUACUCCUAUAAUUGAUAUAAGCACUGAUGGUUCUGAUAAAGAAUACACUACUAAAGGAUGGAUAACAAAAACUACUGAUGUUGAUGAGCUAACAACAAUGACAUCUAUUUCCGAUCAAAAUAUGUCUACAUCUCAGCCUAUCGAUGAUAAUGGGUGCAUUACCUACAAUUUCGAAGAAAACCUUGAUUCUGUGAUAGCAAAUGAUCAUUUUCUUUGUCCGAAAUCCCAUGGAAACCAUUGGACUUUACAAAACUAUUCUUCUCUGGGAUUAGAAAGUCCGCAUCCACUAAGCACUUCGUUCAUAUCACCGCUAACACUACCCAGCUGUAUAGCAACUACCAAGUUUUUUGUUAAAACUGGAACAUUGGAAAUCAUUGUUUUCUUUGAAAGUGCAGAAGAAUCUGGAGAUCGUAUUACUAUAAUGGUUAAUGGAGGAAUAGGAGUUAUUAUUGCAUAUUUAUCAUACUCGCCACGAUCUGCCAAUUUUGUAUCAGGCUGGAAUACUUUAAGAAUAAACAUAAACCUGCCAGAUGAAGUUGCAGUAGAUAUUUUACUGACUGGGUCCGCUGCUGAGAGCUCAAUCGUAUUGGUAGACUCGUUCCGAUACAUCCCAUUGACGAUGGAUGAAAAAAUGUGUGUAAUUUAUAACACAGAAAUAACAACGCCUUUGAUGACAACUGAUGCUGUAGCAACAGAAAAAUACACCGAUGAUCCUUAUUCAACUUGGCCAACUGGGACUUAUGAUUGGACAAUAGGAACAACUAACCUUGGUAAUCAAGAAAUAUCCUCUAAUCCAACAGAAUCAGGGCCAACUGGGACUUAUGAUUGGGGCACAGGAACAACUAACCUCGAUAGUCAAGAAAUAUCCACUGUUCCAACAGAAUCAGGAUCAACUGGGACUUAUGAUUGGACCAUAGGAACAACAAACCUUGGUAAUCAAGAAAUAUCCUCUAUUCCAACAGAAUCAGGGCCAACUGUGACUUAUGAUUGGGGCACAGGAACAACUAACCUCGAUAGUCAAGAAAUAUCCACUGUUCCAACAGAAUCAGGAUCAACUGGGACUUAUGAAUGGACCAUAGGAACAACUAACGUUGAUAAUCCAGAAAUAUCCUCUAUUCCAACAGAAUCAGGGCCAACUGUGACUUGUGAUUGGGGCACAGGAUCAACCAACCUUGAUAAUCAAGAAAUAUCCUCUAUUCCUACAGAAUCAGGGUCAACUGGGACUUAUGAUUGGACCACUGGAACAAAUAACGUUGAUAAUCAAGAAAUAUCCUCUAUUCCCACAGAAUCAGGGCCAACUGGGACUUAUGAUUGGGGCACAGGAACAACUAACCUCGAUAGUCAAGAAAUAUCCACUGUUCCAACAGAAUCAGGAUCAACUGGGACUUAUGAAUGGACCAUAGGAACAACUAACGUUGAUAAUCCAGAAAUAUCCUCUAUUCCAACAGAAUCAGGGCCAACUGUGACUUAUGAUUGGGGCACAGGAACAACUAACGUUGAUAAUCAAGAAAUAUCCUCUAUUCCAACAGAAUCAGGGCCAACUGUGACUUAUGAUUGGGGCACAGGAACAACUAACAUUGGUGAUCAAGAAAUAUCCUCUACUAAUCCAACAGAAUCAGGGCCAACUGGGACUUAUGAUUGGGGCACAGGAACAACUAACGUUGAUAGUCAAGAAAUAUCCACUAUCCCAUCAGAACCAGGAGCAACUGCGACUUAUGAUUGGACCACUGGAACAACUAACAUUGAUAGCCAAGAAAUAUCCUCUAUUCCAACAGAAUCUACUGUAUUAGAUGGACAAGAGACAGUUUCAGAAACAGGGACAACAACAAACCCAUGGAUCACAACAAGUAUACACGAUGAGGGCACUGACACACCAGCAACCGAAACCACAGCUAAUGAUGGCUGCACUAAAUAUAAUUUUGGAAAAGAUUUUGACGUACUGUUCACAUCGGAAUCAAGCAAUUGCAGGGGAAUGCAUCCUUGGACACUAAACAAUUAUACUUCAAUCGAUAUAGAGAAUCUACAGCAAUCGAGCAAUUUGUUCAUAUCUCCUAUAACAGCACUAAGCUGUGUGGAGUCUUUUAAAUUUGUGAUGGGGCAUGGAACGUUGGAAUUCCGUGCAUAUAUUGGGGAUGCACUGUUUGCGAAUAUCAUAAGUGUGCUGGUCAGGGACACAGCUGGAGUUGGUGUCGUGACCAGUAACAUGUAUAGCCCACUUUCUCAAAGUUUUGCGCCAGGCUGGAACGUGUUAAGAGUAAAAAUUGAAAGACCGCAAGAAUUUGAGGGCUAUUUCAUCCUGCAAGGCUCCUUGGCUUCAGUGGACUCAGUGGUGUUAAUUGACUCUUUCCGAUACAUCCCCGCAACAAUGAAUGAAGAACUGUGUACGGUGUAAUAAGCUUUAAAAAAACCUUGCUUUAAACCAUAUCCAAAAUGCAAAAAUACUACUGUAGGAGAAAAUAUAAUAUUUGUCUUGAAAUUCAGCAUUACUAAUUUCAAUUCUUAUUUUUGUCUUAUUAAUGUUCUAGCGUUUCAAUUCUUAUUGCAUUUUAGAAAUGCGCGACAUAAUUAACUGUUAACUGUGAUAUGCAAUUUAGAAUUAUAUUUAUUUACACAUA